AUUUCAUCAACCUAACUAACUAUUUUAAGCAAUUUAGCUUACAAAUCUUAUUUUCCACAUAAGAUGGCUGCCUCCACCAUGGCUCUUUCUUCCCCUUCCUUCGCCGGAACCGCGGUUAAACUCUCCCCUGAGGUGAUUGGCACUGGACGUAUCACAAUGAGGAAAACCGUGACCAAGAAAGUAGCCUCCUCAGGCAGCCCAUGGUAUGGCCCAGACCGUGUCAAGUACUUGGGACCAUUCUCAGGUGAGGCCCCAAGCUACCUCACUGGAGAAUUCCCUGGUGACUAUGGGUGGGACACUGCUGGACUCUCAGCUGACCCAGAGACAUUUUCCAAGAACCGUGAGCUAGAGGUCAUUCACUCUAGAUGGGCCAUGUUGGGUGCAUUGGGUUGUGUCUUCCCCGAGCUUUUGGCUCGCAACGGUGUUAAAUUUGGCGAGGCCGUCUGGUUCAAAGCUGGAUCUCAAAUCUUUAGUGAUGGUGGAUUGGACUAUCUUGGUAACCCAAGUUUGGUCCAUGCCCAGAGCAUCUUGGCCAUUUGGGCUACCCAAGUGAUCUUGAUGGGAGCCGUUGAGGGAUACCGCAUUGCUGGUGGACCACUUGGUGAGGUCGUUGACCCACUAUACCCGGGUGGGAGCUUUGACCCAUUAGGUUUAGCUGAUGACCCGGAGGCUUUUGCAGAGCUCAAAGUAAAGGAGCUCAAGAAUGGUAGACUAGCUAUGUUUUCUAUGUUUGGAUUCUUUGUUCAAGCCAUAGUAACUGGAAAAGGUCCAUUGGAGAACCUAGCUGAUCACCUUGCAGACCCUGUUAACAACAAUGCUUGGUCUUAUGCCACCAAUUUCGCACCUGGAAAAUGAGAUUUAUUCCCAUUUGGUUCAUUGGUGAUUGUAAAGUUAUUGUGAAUUAUUAUUAUGUGGUUUAUAAAGAAAUGAGAACUUUGUUUUCCCUAUAUAAUUGAGAUGGUUUUAUUAGUGUUUAA